AUGCCUGACAUUGUCAUCGUUGGCGGCGGUAUUGUGGGCCUGUGCACCGCCUACUACCUGGCCGCCAACCCAGCUGCUCUUCCUUCCAACACCCAUGUCACACUCCUCGAGAACGUGAGCGUUGCGUGCGGUGCGUCCUCUCGUGCUGCUGGCUUCAUUGGCGGAGGACCUGCAUGGCACAAGGAGGCAAACCAGGAUCUCGCACGCCUCAGCUGGGAGUGUUUUGAACAGCUUGCACGCCAGCUCGAUGGCCCGAACACGUACGGAUACCGCCACUGUUCUGUCACCGGCUUGCGCGUGGGGGCCGGACAGGAUGCCAUGAGCUCAUACCGCCAGCUGCCGACCGGAACGCUUCCUCUGGCUCAGAAGGGCGAAGCGCGGCAGCCAUGGUACCGUGGAGACCAUGUCAACCUCGACACGUCAGGCCUGGCCGCCCAACUUGACCCCGCCCAGUUCUGCUCCACUCUUCAUGCCGAGGUGACACGCCUCGGUGUGCGCACCAUCAUUGCUCAGCCACUCCGUCGUCGUGGCAAGGUCAUUGAGACCACCGAGGGCGACGUGGCCUAUGACAAGCUGCUGAUCGCUGCUGGGCCAUGGAGUGCAGACUUGUGUACACUGCUCAACAUCCCACGCGUGCCCGUCGGCAGUCUUCCGGGUCACCACAUUGUGCUCAAGCCUGGGACCCUCCCGGCCGGUUAUGACAGUGUGCCUGCAGAGGCGGUGAUGGCCGGUGUGGGCGGCAGCGGGUCGUCCGACGACCUGGCGGCGACGGUGACGGCCGGCGGGCAGUCAAACGACCUUUCUGCGGCAGAGAGGCAGCAAGGGUGGACGCAGACUAUCGAGUUCUUCCCUCGCCCGGAUGGUACAGUUUACGCCGCCGGCGAGAACAAUGUGCCGAAUCUCAUCGGCGACGCGACCAUUGAUGGGCGCGAGAACCGUCUCCCGCUCACUGGUCGCUAUGUGCACAGGCUCGUGGACCAGGACCUUGUCCAGCGCAUGCUGCGUUCCAGCGCUGCCGUGUCCCCAGCACUCGAUGUUAACAAUGGCGCCGAGCUCGUCAAGGCAGAUCUCUGCUACCGCCCUGUCACCGCCGACACCAUGCCGCUUAUUGGCGAAUGGCAGCGGGAUGUGUUUGUCUGUGCUGGGCAUGGACCAUGGGGCAUCACGCUGGCCCCAGGCUCUGGUGUCGUCAUGGCGGAGCUCAUCGCGACCGACUUGACACGCGACGACGUCAAGCUCAGCGCCGACAUCUCUGGCCUGUCUCCGCACCGCUUCCGUGCUGCCAAGCUGUAG